UGGAACGAGAGAGGAACCGCCCAAACGGUCAUGAGACUUUCCCGCUGCCGUUUCCCCGGGGACCGCGGGGUCCCCAGGAUCCCUCCGACCGGGCGCAGGAGGCAAGGUCGGAGUUGAUCCGAGGGUCCACUUUCCGUCCUGAGGGGCGGUCAGCCUCCAGUCCGGAGUCCCGGGGAAGGGGCAGCCGGGUGAGCGUCCCCCGGACGCGGGCACACCUGCGGCCUCUGGCCGAGCGGGCGGGUCCUCCAGCCGCCGCGCCUCCUUAAAGCCGCAGCUCCGCCCCGCCCGCCCCCCUCUCCCGCCCGCAGUUCUACCCAACCGCCGGAUUCCGGCCGCCUGGGCACAGCGUCGCCGAGCCGCGAGCCCGCGAGGAGCGCGCGGUCCGCCCGUCCCCGCGUCGGGUUCCGCGUCCCUGGGUCCCCACAUCCGUCGCCAUGGCCAGCCAGGAGCUGGCGCGCAAGCUGCAGAGGCGACUGCAGUGGGAGGAGGCGGAGGAGGGCCGCCCCCAGCCCGCGCCCCGAGCCUUCGCGGCGCUGGAGCCCGAGCCCGAAUCCGAGUCCCAGUCCCUCGCCCGGGUGCCCACCGCCAGCGCGGACGCGGAGCUGAGUGCGCUGCUGACCCGACGGCUGGACAUCAACGAGGGCACCGCGCGGCCUCGCCGCUGCAAAAUCUUCAACCCCUACACCGAGUUCCCGGAGUUCAGCCGCCGCCUCAUCAAGGACCUGGAGAGCAUGUUCAAACUGUAUGAUGCUGGACGGGACGGCUACAUUGACCUGAUGGAGCUGAAGCUGAUGAUGGAGAAGCUGGGGGCCCCCCAGACCCACCUGGGCCUGAAAAACAUGAUCAAGGAGGUGGACGAGGACUUUGACGGCCAGCUCAGCUUCCGCGAGUUCCUGCUCAUAUUCCACAAGGCUGCGGCGGGGGAGCUGCAGGAGGACAGCGGGCUGAUGGCGCUGGCCAAGCUCUCCGAGAUCGACGUGGCCCAAGAGGGUGUCAAAGGUGCCAAGGACUUCUUUGAAGCCAAGGUCCAAGCUUUGUCCUGUGCCAGUAAGUUUGAGGCUGAGCUAAAAGCCGAGCAAGAUGAGCGGAAGCGGGAGGAAGAGAAGAGGAGGCUCCGCCAAGCAGCCUUCCGGGAGCUCAAGGCUGCUUUCAGCACAUAGUCAGGCAACCCUGACCUCCAUCCACACAGUGCCUCACAGAUGCCCCCACGAGAGCUGGCUGGGCAUCCUCACCCCUGCCACUCCUGUCCCCCCCACCAGCCUCCAUACCCACCACCCAAUGCAAACUUCUCAGCCUCGUGAGGUGGCAGGAGAGGCUCUCGUCCCUGUGUGGGAGCCCCUCCCCACAGUCCUGGGUUGAGCUAACUGCCCCACUUGCUUCUCUUUCCUGCCCUCCUUGCUCCCUAGCCAGAGGUGCCUCUACUUGGCAAUUUGUACUUUUUCCUUGUCCCUUUGCCAUUCCGCAAAGAGCGUUAAUUUGUGCAGAUAUUUCUUUCUUUGAUGGUCCUCAGAGAAGAGAGUCCCUGGAGGGCUCUGAUGUUAAUGUUGCCCUAGUUUUCUUGACUAUUUCUCUGCCCCCUCCUCUCUGGGUCCCCCUCCCCUUUGUUUCUUAUCCAACCUCCCUGUUUUCAUUCUGAGCCUGAUUCUGCCAGUUGCUUUUGCAUCUUCUGUCUUUUGAUGAUGGUGAGGUUGAAGGCAAGCCAGGCUGGACCACUGCCUGUCCCCUCUUCAACCAGGGGAGUGGUAUGCUGCCGAGAUGACAAAAUAGUAGAAAAGUAGAACAUUCUGUCCCUUCCUAGCACCUUUCUCCCAUCCUCUUCGCAUUCUUCACGGACCCACCCUCUUCAAUCCCCCUCCCUUCAUGUCUUCCGAUUUCAGCCUUUCCUCCUACUCUUAAAUACUAUGCUACUUACCUGUAAGAAUAAGAGAAGAAUCAGAAGUGAUACUAACGUGUCGAAGAAUCCCUGUUAAUUCUGACUAUGCAAAUUCUAUUCCAGCAGACCCCUACGUUCCCAAGUGACAAAUCCAGAGCUUUUCAAAAACCCCAAGUCAUGACUGUCCUCAUCUGGCCAGUUUACAACUUUUUCUCCCAAGACGUUGAGGGGAAGCUGUUCUUACCCCCGGUGCACAUUUUUAUAUGUCGUGCAUUCUUGGGAUUGCUCGCAAAUGCCAGGGGUUUGCUGUAUUUUUUAAAAAAUACUUCCUAGCAUCAUAUUUAUUACUUCUCUUUUGUAACUGCUAUCUUUACAACAGGAAAACAUCUGCAUUUCUACUUUACAGCUGUCUCUUUUUAAAUAAACCGUGCAAAUGGACUUUGCCAUCACUUCCGUGUGCUUCU